CCGCCUCUCGCGCGCCGCGCGCCCGGAUGACGUUGCGCGGGUGCGCCGCCGCUGAGCGCGCGGCGCGGCCUUUUGGGCGAGGAUUGAGCAGUUCGUUUCAGAGCCCGGAACGGGGCCUGACCGAACCGAGGGGACCGGAGGCAACCGGGGCUCGUCUGGGCCUCGGCAGAGAUGAUGACACCAGAACAGAUUCCAGCAGCGUCCCUGAUCGAUAGGACCAUCAAGAUGAGGAAGGAGACUGAAGCCCGGAAGGUGGUGUUGGCCUGGGGACUCCUUAACAUUUCUGUUGCAGGCAUGAUAUACACCGAAAUGACUGGAAAACUCAUCAGCUCGUAUUACAACAUCACGUACUGGCCUCUCUGGUACAUCGAACUCGCCUUUGCGUCCCUCUUCAGCCUGAACGCCUUGUUUGAUUUCUGGAGGUACUUCAAAUACACGGUGGCACCGACGAGCCUGGUCGUGAGUCCUGGCCAGCAGACCCUGCUGGGGCUGCGGAACACGGUACAAACCACUCCGCCACGUGAACUGGCAGCAAAGAAAGUCCUGUCCUCGACGCCUUCUCCUCCGAUCCAGGGCCAAAGUGUGCUGAGUUACAGCCCGUCCCGCUCCCCUAGCGCCAGUCCGAAGUUCGGUGCGGGCUGUGUGGCGGGGUACAGCCCCCAGCUGCAGGCUCUGUCGGGCAGCAGUCCAUACGGCAGCGCUGUCACCUACUUGCCCGGCAGCAGCUACAACAACAAGGUUUCCAGCUUCAGCCCCUCUCCCAGUGGAUCCCUGUACUCCACCAGUACUGGACAAGUGGAAAGCGGUGGGCUGCGGUCGCGUUACCGCUCUUCACCUGUUCUGUAUAAUUCUCCUUCUGGCAAAGAAGACUAUAUAACGGACCUCAAGUCACUGGACACCUUCCUUCGAAAUGAGGAGGAGAAGCAGCACAGGGUUCAGCUAGGAAGUUCCGAUUCCAGCUCUCCUUCCAGCAGCCCAACUUUCUGGAACUACAGCCGUUCCAUGGCAGACAACGCACAGAUGCUGAGGAAGUUCCAGUAUCAGCUGGCUUGCAGGUCCCAGGCUCCAUCGGCGCACAAGGAUGAAGCUGAUCUGAGCUCCAAACAGGCUGCAGAAGAGGUCUGGGCGCGGGUGACGAUGAACCGACAGCUCCUGGAUCACAUGGAUUCCUGGACUGCGAAGUUCAGAAACUGGAUUAACGAGACCAUUCUGGUGCCGCUUGUCCAGGAGAUCGAGUCUGUGAGCACUCAGCUGAGAAGAAUGGGAUGUCCGGAGCUGCAGAUCGGAGAAGCCAGCAUCAGCAGUCUGAAGCAGGCAGCACUCGUUAAGGCUCCCCUCAUUCCAACCCUGAACACAAUAGUGCAGUACUUGGAUCUCACACCGAACCAGGAGUACUUGGUCGAAAGGAUCAAAGAGCUUUCUCAGGGUGGAUGCAUGAGUUCGUUUCGAUGGAACAGAGGGGGGGAUUUCAAAGGCCGCAAGUGGGACACCGACUUACCCACUGACUCCGCUAUCAUCAUGCACGUCUUCUGCACUUACCUCGACUCCCGCCUGCCGCCUCACCCCAAGUAUCCGGAUGGCAAAACCUUCACUUCCCAGCACUUCAUUCAGACCCCCGAUAAACCAGACACUUCAAACGAAAACGUGUUCUGCAUCUACCAGAGCAGCAUCAACCCACCCCACUACGAGCUGAUCUACCAGUGCCACGUCUACAACCUGCCCAAGGGCAGAAACAACAUGUUCCAUACUUUGCUGAUGUUCCUGUACAUCAUAAAGACAAAGGAAUCUGGGAUGCUGGGGCGCGUCAACCUCGGUUUAUCGGGAGUCAAUGUUCUCUGGAUUUUUGGAGAGUAACGCCUGCGGUGGACACCGGGUCUGAGGAACACUGCUCCCACGCGGGGCCAAGCGAGCAACACCCAUGCGUUGGUGAUUUAAACACAGACUUCCUUUGGAAUGGGAUCAUUCCAGCUCUGCUCGGCGGGCAGAGGGGAAGCAGUUGUUCCUGUGCCGGUUUUAUGAGGACAUCGAAACCAUUUUGCUCCUCAAGUGCUGCCCCAUCUAAACACUACGCAGGUUCCAUCUUUUCAGCUCCUCACCGGCACAAAUCUUCUUUGAGAAGUCCUGUGCUGUUUCUUUUGAAGCCUCUCCGCUUUGGGAUGUGCUUUUCUGGGAGGGGGGGAAAUACAUUUGAAAUUCGUUUUAAAGAAGGGGCCGCUCAGUAUUUGCCGAA